CUUUUACUCUUUUGCGAGUGCUUUCAAGAAAUCUGAUAUUAUUUUGUAAUUUUGUUUUCCUUGACACGGAUCCAAAUCUUCGUUAACAUCUAAAAUUUCUGAACAUUUCUUAAAAGAUUAAAACAACUUAAAUUGUGUUUGUUUUAUUUUUAGACGAUCUCGGCGCUAGUAAACUACAAAUGGGCUGGACUGUUACUAUUGGAAUGAUCACAUCCCUUCCAUUCUUAAUCUUUAGUGGACCAAUAACAGAAGUGUUAGGUCAUGUAAAUGUAAUAAUACUUGGAAUGGUUGCGUAUACUGUUCGUCUCCUAGGGUACAGCUUUAUACAGAAAGCUGUUUACGUCUACCCAUUCGAGGCUCUCGAAGGGUUCACCAUGGCGCUCAUGAUGACGUCAGCAGUGACCUAUGUGGCGAAGAUAUCAACGCCGACCACCAUCGCCUCCGUCAUGGGACUAAUGGGAUCUCUGUUCUUUGGGAUUGGGAAAGGAUCAGGAUGUUUAUUUGGUGGAUUAUUAAUGAGCUGGAUCGGAUCUAUUUGGACUUUUCGCGCACUCGCAAUCUGCUCGGCCGUGUGCGCAGUUGUAUAUUUGGCUUUUCAGUUGCUCUUCAUUUGGCCUCGUCGGAGAAACCAACCACAGCAUCAGAGCAAUGAAGAAAUUCACAACUCCGAGGGCAAAGACGACAUUGAUUCUAAAAAUCGUAUUCACGACAUGAACACAAAAUCAACAAUACUAGACGACAACCCUGUGAUAUCACCAGCUGGUCCCGGACCACACAGCAUGUUCAACGGGUCCACGUUGUCCUUGAAUGGACCGGCCAGUAUGUUGAAUACUAGUCUAAAUGGAUUAAAUGGGGCCAGCAGUAUAAUGUCCUUAGGACCAAGAAGUAUAACCGGCGGUACGCGAGUCUGAUUGUACAACAUAUGUACUUUUCAGUAUUGCUAUGGUUUGUAGUGUACUUUUCUGUACUUACUGAAUUGUAUUUUACUAAACUUGUAGUGAAGUGCAGCUGCAAUGUUCUGCACUGCAUAAGUGUGCUGUAGUGUACUUUAUUGUUCUGAACUGAAUUUUAUAUCAGUGAACUGAACGUACUAUGAACCAUUCCCAAUAGCUCAAUUAUCAUAUAUAGUGCAAAAGAAACAAUAUAAGAAAUAUGACUGUGAAUAUGGUGGCCCGAGUAUUAUUAAUAUUGCUUGUGAAGUUAAAAUAUUUUAAUAAGUGAACUAAGCACAUUCUAAGAAAGCUAAAUCUGAUUAACAACACUUUUGUUUAAAAUCAAUAAUAAA